AUGGGAGUGACCAAAAUAGGACCAGGGAGAUCUAUUUUUAGAGAUCCAGAUUCUGACGACGGAAAAUGGCACGUUCUAGUGGAUUGGCAUCGAGCCAAUGGAAAAUCUUCAUCCACAUUAAGAUCAAGUGAUUCCUAUGGUCUUGCGCUUGAACAAAAUCGACUUAACAGCAAGAAUGAUAUUGAUUUCAACUUGUCCGAUCUCGGGGAUCACGCGUGUUUCAAAAAUCUUGAUAUACCUGGUCAUAUCUUCCCCGAACGACCUCCUCAUGGCUCCAAAUAUGCAGUAACCUGUGUCUCAGGAAACGGCCCAAUGUCCCAGGGGUUUGAAUGCAUGAACCGAGACCUGGCAACCUUCUGCCCCAAAGAGGUUAGCUCCCCGGCGCCUCAGCCUGCCUCCUAUGCCACAAUCGGUUCCUGGGCAACCGGGAUUCCCGCUAUAUAUCCCGCCCACUUUUCGCUUGCUUCUGAAGAUUUCCCUCUUCUUCUGGCUGAGCAAGUGCCAUUUGGUCCAAUCCCUGACGCUAAACCUGAAACAUCUGCAAGACUCUUCCCUCAUUUCUCCUCCGGGUCCAGUGAGCGCCCGCAGGUGACGGGAAAAAUGGCAACGGAGUCCACUUUGGGGCGCCAAGCUUCUGGGGAUCUGCUGUCAGCCGUGCCAAGGAUCUCGCCUCCCCGGACCCAAAGCUUUAAUUCUGCCGCCACACUCACACGCAUAAGUAGCGAGUCUUUGCCGGACAUCGUUCAUAUCCAAAGUUCUCCCGGAUCGCCGAAUUCUCUAGCAUCGCAAUAUAUAUCGACUGCAGCAGCAGCAGCAGCCACUAUGUUCAACCCAAGACACCAACGAUCUGUCUCCGAUUAUGGUCCUGUCACAUACACUCCAAGGACACACAAAGUGAGUAAGGCAAAGAAAGGGAAACUAGUCCAUCGAUGUGAAUAUCCAGGGUGCAAUAAGCUCUUCUCAAGAGCCGAACACGUACGGCGCCAUGCGUCGAAACAUGAUCCAGCCGCCGUUAUUCGAUGCGAGGUAGAAGGGUGUGGCAAGACAUUCACUCGCAAAGAUUUGCGUGUGCGGCAUAUGGAAAACAAACACAGCGAUAUACUGGGUUCUCGGACAGCCAGCCUUCGUAGUGAUCGUCACUUGACAUCGAGCCCAGCCACCACGGCUUCAGAGCCCCAUGGUCUCAUGUCACCUGUGCCAUUUCAUCACCGGCAUGCGUCUGUUCCAGCAGUGUCCCAUGAGGCGAAUUCAAUGUCGAUUGGUUCCCUGGUGCAACCGGGGACACAGCCCGAUUUUGGGAAUGAGUACUCGGUGUCGGUGUGGAGCGAGAAUGAGAGCGACUUGGCUAGGGGGGGAAUAUUUUCAGCUUUGCCUCAUGUCAAUUCUGAUGAUGCCAUAUACUCUUCGCCUGAUAGUUGCCAGUCUCCGUCACCUGAUGUACACCCUUUUCGGUUCCCGCAGCAUACCCCAAUCAUGGACCAGUCUUUCUCGGAAUCAUUUUAUCACCCACAAUUGGCCGGGCCGUCUCUCACGUUGGCCUCUACAGUUUCCGACUGGACUCCCCUGGAGGCAGGGGCCACCACAUCACAGAUGUUGCCUCUCUCCGUUGAAGGUGAUAUCCUUCAAACGCCAUACCAGUUCCAAUACUCUUCUCCGGACUGCUGGACGGAGAUGAGUGGUAUGCCAUGCGACGCACACGUACUUCCACCCCCAGUCUCAUUGCAGGAAAUGUACGAUUCGCGGCCUAACGCAAAAGAGAACUCUCUAACCCUGUUAGAGGCAUGUCUUAAUCUUCUCUCACAGAGAAAACCAAUAACAAUACGCUCUCCAAUAUCUGAUAUAUUCACGCUGUAUUUCUACUUGAAUACCUCUCGAAAUAUCGAUCCAGGAGAGCUGAUGUUACGAUAUCUCCUCGUUUUUAAGAGUUUAUAUGGCGCUUUUAUUCAAAAUCGCCAUUUGGCAUCAAAGAACCCACUUGCUGUCUUCAAUACCCUUUCCGACGACGAAAUGCCAGACGGCCUGACGAAAGCCGCUUUGGCUCUUGAUCCAUUCCGGUCGAAUCUCAUUCUCUCCUAUGUCUUGCUUACCAAUAUGCGAUCGACGGAUUUGGAGCUGUCGCUAGAGCCGUUUAUCGAGAGGUUGCGACAAGGAAAGACCGAAAAGCAUCACAUGGAACGGACCGAACCUCCUGGUUCUUCAAGGAAAUUAAACCAUACACUUCUUGCAUACCACACUCUCCUCGCCGCAUAUCGUACUCCAUUGAAAGCUCUUCUGAUAGUUAGCGGCGAAUCUUGGUGGGUGUCCGACACUGGUGAGCUGAAAAAGGCAGUUUGGCACGCAGUGCGGGUCCUGGAACACGCAAUCGACGAUCCAGAAUUGGGAUGUAACCAAGAUUCAAAUAUUCCUAAUUCUGGUCUUUGCAAUUGUUUCGCUUGUCUCAACGCCAGAGAGGAUUGUUCUGUUCCAGUGAUGCCAGAGGGCCAUUGUCCCCAUGUCCCAUUUCCAGCACCAGUAUAUCCAGAAGCCACCGCAACCCUCACAACAGCUAAUGGAGCCAAGGCAAUCACCUCAUUGCAUGCCAACUGGGUUUUGUACAUAUGUGGGCUCAUAUGUUGGGCCUAUGUCAUGGAUAAUAUAACGCCAGCGACAGAUGACUCUGCGCUUCCUCCAGUUUUCCUGAAAUCCUAUAUUUCUAUAUUUACGCUCCUUGCGCCAUCGUGGUCCCAAAUAUCACGCAGCUCCAUACCUGAUCACACUCGGCGCAAUACCAGCGGGCUACUUGAAUACAUACGCACUAGAUGGCUACAGGCCUCAGGCGGGCUCCUGAACGAAGGAGAGAUGGUCGUACGCCGACUCACCGAGCAGCGGAAAUCCAAAUAG